AUGAAUGAUCAUCAUGCAAUCGAGAUUGUUGAACUGAACAGUACGGUAGUUGGAACCGACACAGCCCGAUCCGAUCCCAGGAUGAACGAUACGUUCACUCCCUCGUUGGAUCGGGUUAGAAGCCUCAUAGAGGAAGCGCCAAGUGGAUACCUAGACGGGACCUCGUUUUGCACCAUUCACGGGAUCGAUCCUAAUGCCCAAGAGCCCGAGAUCCAAGAACGGAGCGAUGCAGCAGUUGGACCCGACACAGCUGGAUCCGAUGCCAGAGUGACUGUAGAAGAACUGAAUGAUACGGUUACUCGCUGCUUGGAUAGGGUUAGAAGCCUACUAGACGAAGCGCCAAGUGGCUUCCUAGCCCGGACCUUGCCUCACACCAUCUUUAGGAUCUGCCCGCCUCUUCGUUGGAUCAACCCUAAGGCCAAUAAGCCGGAGAUGGUAUCUAUAGGCCCGUACCACAGGGACCAGCCCCAGGUGCUCGCGUUUGAACAGCUUAAGCCGCUCUUCCUCAAGAGGUUCCUUCGCCGCACGCAGUCGAACUUGGAGCUUCUUACCAGAGCAGCGGCGGGUCAGGCGAGUUCUGCCCGGACUCGCUACUCGGAAGAUGUGGAUAUGACGAGUGACGUCUUCGUGCAGAUGAUGUUACUCGACGGUUGCUUUGUGUUGGCACUCCUACUCCACUUUUUCAAGGGCGACGAUGCAACUGAUGAAGACGAUGGGGAUAAAGACGACCCCAUCUUUACACGGCCUCAUAUAAUCCCGAUUCUCAUCGGGGACUUACUGAAGCUCGAAAACCAGAUUCCAUACUCCCUUCUCCAGUCAUUGUUUGGCGCGUCGUGCUUGUCCGAGUUAAUAGGGGAAACAGACUCUUUGGCCACACUCGCAUUGAAAUUGUUCGAUCAGGUCUAUUCGAGACCCAUGGCGCAUCUCAAAGCUUGGGGAAAUCUUGAGUGCGAGCAUCUACUUGACCUGUUUUACUCGAGUCUCUCUCCGGCAAGCGAAGUCCACCUAACCUACACAAAGGAGAAAUGGCCAUCGGCUCAGUCCGUACCGUGCGUGACCGAGCUUAGGUCCUCCGGAAUCAAAUUCAAGUCCAGGAAGGCAGACAGCUUGCUGGACAAAAGUUUCCGGAAACCAGUGCUCCAGAUACCACACAUGGCAAUCAACGAUUUCAUGACCACCGUGCUAAUAAACUGCGUGUCCCUGGAACAAUGCCGGGAAAACAGGUCCAAGUACAUGACUGAUUACGUCUCCUUCAUGCACUGCCUCAUUAAUCAGCCGAAGGACGUGUUCCUUCUCCGUUCAGAUGGGAUCAUUGCACUUUUUUCCCAUGAUGAUCAGUAUGUGGCAAAUUUGUUCGAUAAGCUUGGGAAGAGCAUUUCUUUCAAUGUCCAUGACUGUUUUCUGGCCGAGCAGUUCCAAGAACUAGAAUCGUACUACCACAGCAACUGGGCGAACAUGAUGCGCACUUACUUUUCCAGUCCAUGGUCAUUCAUAUCGGCCUUAUUGGCUUUCUUAGCCAUAGUUCUCAGCAUCACACAGACCGUUUUUGCUAUACUUACUUAUCACUACCACCACUAGGAUUUGUUGUUUAGCAGAUGUGUCUCCGUCAGCAGAAAGAGGGACUCCCCAUUUCGUGGCUGUUAAUGCCCUAAUGAAGGUGCUUCUACUGAAGAGCAUGGGAUGCCAAUCAUAGAGCUGUAGGAAAAUGUGGGGGACUAAUGGGGAUGUGAUUGGUUGUUGUAAGUGCCUUUUGGAGCUUUAGAUUGUUUCUUGCAGGAUGGUCUGUGACCAGUGGCUAGAUCAAGGAAAUCAGUGGGGUUUUAGCUCAUCUGUGGUUGGCUUUUUAUGUAAGCAAUUGGAGUUUAUUUGUUGUGUACUGAAGAGCAUGGGAUGCUAGUCAUAGAGCUGUAGGAAAAUGUGGGGGACUAAUGGGGCUGUGAUUGGUUGUUGUAAGUGCCUUUUGGAGCUUUAGAUUGUUUCUUGUAGGAUGGGCUGUGACCAGUGGCUAGAUCAAGGAAAUCAGUGGGGCUUUGGUUCAUCUGUGGUUGGCUUAUUAUGUAAGCAAUUUGAGUUUAUUUGUUGUGUAAGCUCCA